GUUGAGACUCGAGUUGAGCAACCCCGGUGUGAGGCCCUCAGAGUUCGAUUACUUUGUCAGUCGCGUCAUACUUUUUAUCAAUAAUCGAUUAUUGGGUUAUUGAUAACAUCAAAAUAAAAAGUUGUCAUAAAUUAAAUAGUUGCUACAUUCAAGACUAAAAAGUCUAGUUAGCAACUUCAUUAUAAAUGGCUACUAUCACAGAAGAACCUGAUCAAGACAGCGGCAUGGGCAGCAGUGAUGUCAGAUCACCCGAGGUUAAGUCAUUAUUACCACAUGACGACGAAGAGGAAGAUGAUGAGGAGGAUGAAACCCUGGCCGAACGAUUAAUAGGACUCACAGAAAUGUUUCCUGAAAAAGUGAGAAAUUUUGCCUAUGACUCGGCUAUUUGCAUGAAAAAUUGUGUCAAAGGUGCAUACUCACUAUCCUGUACUGGUACCUGGUUAAUUUUCAGCUCUUCUGCCAUUCUUUUUGCACCUUUGAUUUUUGAAAUUGAAAGAGCUUCAAUGCAAGAAGCUCAACGUAAUCAACAAAAGCAAGUUCUAUUAGGACCUAGUUCAUCUAUGGCUUCUGGACCACCAGGUUUUCCAAUGGCUCCACCUCCUAUCCAAAGAUAAUUCUUUCAUAAAACCAUUUUUGAGUUUACUUGUAAAUUUGCUUUUGAAUUGCAAUUGCAUUGUUACAUUUAAACAUUACUUACUAUUAUCGCGAAGCAAAUUACAUCUUGUGAAAUAGUAUCUUAUGAAUGUGUUUAGUAAUAAAAAUUUGUUAUUAGUUCUGAGUUUUAAA